AUGCCGCCGGCCCCGUCGACGACCCCGGCACACGUGUCGCUAUCUCCGUUGUCGUCACCGCAGCCGUCGCUGCUGCCGACGCACGUCCCGCUCUGUCCGCCACCACCACUGUCUCCGUCCCGGCCGCCGGAGCGGGUGUUCCCGUCUCUGCCACCGCCGCGGUCUCCGUCGCGGCCGCUGGGGCAGGCGUCCCUGUCUCCGCCGCCGCUGUUGUCUCCGUCGCGGCCGCUAGGGCAGGCGUUCCCGUCUCCGCCACCGCCGCUGCCAUCUCUGUUGCGGCCGCUAGGGCAGGCGUCCCCGUCUCCGCCGUCGCUGCUAUCUCUGUCGCGGCCGCUGGGCGGGCGUUCCCAUCUCCGCUGCCGCUGCUGUCUUUGUCACGGCUGCUGGGCGGGCGUUCCCAUCUCCGUCGUCGCCGUCGUCUCCAUCACGGCCCCUGGCGCAAGUGCCCCCAUCUCCGCUGCCGCCAUCUCCACCAUUGCUGUCGGAGCCCCCUCCGCGGCCGACGCCCUGGAUGCCGACGCUUCCCCUGCAGACUCCUCCUCUGCCUCAUCAUCAAGGUCUAUUACCUCACCGGGCGGAGGAACCCCAGUGGUAGCACCUUGUCCCGCAGGGUCGGCUGCGGAGGCAGAAGGUGAAAAAGGGGUCGGUUUUGGCCCCGUACCCGACUGCGGCACCCCUCCUCCGAUCGCCGCGGUAGAGGCCACCUCUGCGGGAGGCCCCGCGGCCUCUCCGACGACACCGCCGCUCGCCACUGGUGGGGUCACGGCCCGCCCCGGGGAGGUGGUCGACACCCGUAGUGCCUUCUUUGGCGCCAACAGCGUGAUGAAGUCCCGAGGAGCGGCGCUGUGA